UUUGCAUUACUCUUCUCCCAUGGCCGCAGCAACCCUCCUCCUUGGCCGAUCUGCUAAGUGUCUUGUUAGCGCAACUCAUUUGUUCUCCAAUGCUGCUAAGCGCAGAUACUUGCUUGUUCCUACUGCGAUAUCUUCGCUUCGUCAGUUCUCUUGUGAUGUCAACAAUGUCAGUAACAUUAACCAGCAGCCUGCAGUUGAUAAGGAUAAACUCGUCAGUGACAUACUCUCACAACUCGGUUCCAUGAGGGAAGAAAUCGAGUUUCUUCGAAAAGCGAAGGAGGAGAGCAGGGAGUCUCCUCGGGAAGAAAAAACUGUGGUUGUCAAGGAGAAACAUCCUCUACUCAAACAAAUUGAAUUGGCGAUGUCGAAAGAUGAGACUAGCAGCCGGGCUGACAUUCUUCCUGGUGGAUUCGAAGUUGAAUGUGAUAAACCUGGCGUGGCCAAAGUCACACUGAAAAAGGCUUAUAAGAAAGAAACUAUCAAGAUCGAAGUAUUCUCCCCAUGUUACUGUGAUGAUGAGUACGAAUUGAAAGUAAUCGUCAAAGUUAGUUUCUCUCGGAUUUUCAGCAGUAUAGUAUCCGAGUUUCACUGUACUGCAACGAAUGGCCAGCUGAUAAUUGAUAAAAUCAAGGACCCUAGCGACGGACCUAAUUGCGAAGGAGUCAUUUUUGAACGAUUGCCAUUGGGUCUGCAAACGGAAUUCUACAUGUAUUUGGUCACUCGGGGAAUUGACGACGACACAUCAGAUAUGCUUCAUGAAUACAUGGUGGACAAGAUGAAAAGAGAGAACAUGAGGGGCUUGGGGAAAUUUAAGAAGUUUGUAGAGGACGCAUAACUUGGCCCGGUCAAGGACGAUUAAGCACAGGCUUAUUUUCUUCAGUUAAAACUAGUUUAUGGUUCUGAUGGUUUCUUCAUUGAAGCACUGAAUAUGCAUUACACUUUCUCUCCUUGUCUUUGAUUAAUUACUCCCACCUUCUCAUUUUAAUAGUCUUGUUUAUUAAGAAAAAAUCAA